CCCGGGGCGAGACGCCGCUGCUGCUUUGCCGCGGGGGGAUCUAGCCGGGGCGUGGGGCGCCGCAGGGGCAGGGCCGGGCCCGGGGCGGGGGGGACGCACGGAGGCGACGCCGCCCCCCGCCGCCCCCGUCCUUCAUGGUGGCGCGCUGCGACCACCGUCGCGGAGCAGCAGCGCAGCCCGUGCUCGCGGAGGGGAGGGGGGGGCCGCGGCGGCGCCGCCGGGGGCUUUUGUGCGCGGGGGUCGCUGUGGCGGGCAGCGCUGCCGCCCGCCUGAAGGAAAAUGUCCACUCGGACUCCGCUGCCCACGGUGAACGAGCGCGACACGGAAAAUGAUGUCGGCUCAUCAUUGGGGGAAGGCUUUUGCGAAAAGCAAACGUCCCAUGGAGACGGACGCCAGGAAGUUUCCUCUCGAACUGGGCGCUCUGGAGCUCGUUGCAGGAAUUCUAUAGCUUCCUGUGCAGAUGAACAGCCGCAUAUUGGAAAUUAUAGACUUCUUAAAACGAUCGGAAAGGGAAAUUUUGCAAAAGUGAAACUGGCAAGACACAUCCUUACUGGCAGAGAGGUUGCCAUAAAAAUAAUUGACAAAACACAGCUGAACCCAACUAGUCUACAAAAGCUCUUUAGAGAAGUAAGAAUAAUGAAGAUCUUAAAUCAUCCAAAUAUAGUGAAAUUAUUUGAAGUCAUUGAAACUGAAAAAACUCUCUAUUUAAUAAUGGAAUAUGCAAGUGGAGGAGAGGUGUUUGACUAUCUGGUUGCACAUGGAAGAAUGAAGGAAAAGGAAGCUAGAGCUAAAUUUAGACAGAUAGUAUCUGCAGUGCAGUAUUGCCAUCAAAAGCAUAUUGUUCAUAGAGAUCUCAAGGCUGAAAAUCUAUUGCUAGAUGCAGAUAUGAACAUUAAAAUAGCAGACUUUGGUUUUAGCAAUGAAUUUACAGUUGGAAAUAAACUGGACACCUUUUGUGGCAGCCCACCAUAUGCUGCUCCAGAGCUCUUUCAAGGGAAGAAAUAUGAUGGACCUGAAGUAGAUGUUUGGAGUUUAGGUGUUAUUCUUUAUACCCUUGUGAGUGGAUCUCUUCCUUUUGAUGGGCAGAACUUAAAGGAACUUAGAGAGAGAGUACUAAGGGGAAAAUACAGGAUUCCUUUCUACAUGUCCACAGACUGUGAAAACCUCCUCAAACGUUUCCUGGUGCUAAACCCAACAAAAAGAGGCACUCUAGAGCAAAUUAUGAAGGACAGGUGGAUCAAUGCAGGGCAUGAGGAGGAUGAACUUAAACCUUUUGUUGAACCAGAACUUGACAUCUCGGACCAGAAAAGAAUAGAUAUUAUGGUAGGAAUGGGAUAUUCUCAAGAAGAAAUUCAAGAAUCUCUUAGUAAAAUGAAGUAUGAUGAAAUCACAGCUACAUACUUACUGCUAGGAAGGAAAUCAUCGGAGUUGGAUGCAAGUGAUUCAAGCUCCAGCAGCAAUCUUUCACUUGCCAAAGUUAGGCCAAGUAGUGAUCUUAAUAAUAGCACUGGACAAUCUCCUCAUCACAAAGUUCAGAGAAGCAUAUCUUCUAGCCAGAAACAACGGCGGUACAGUGAUCACGCUGGACCAUCUAUCCCCUCAGUAGUGGCAUAUCCCAAAAGAAGCCAGACUAGUACUACAGACAGUGACCUCAAAGAAGAAGGAAUUCAGUCAAGAAAAUCUAGCAGUAGUGCUGUUGCAGGAAGAGGAAUUGCACCAGCUAGCCCAAUGCUUGGAAAUGCCAGCAAUCCAAAUAAGGCUGAUAUUCCUGAACGUAAGAAAAGUUCGGCUGUUCCUAGUAAUAACACUGCCCCUGGAGCAAUGACACGGCGCAAUACAUAUGUUUGUAGCGAAAGAACCACUGCUGACAGGCAUUCAGUGAUACAAAAUGGCAAGGAGAACAGCCUGACAGAAAUGUUCGCUUACGCAGCUAGCCCUGCUUCAGUUUGUACUACAUCCUUCUCCAGUGUUCGGCUGCGACAUCAGAAGUCGAUGUCCAUGUCAGCCUCUGUGCACACGAAGAUGAUGUUGCCUCCAAUAGACAAUGGCGCAGAUAACUUCAGGCCUAUCACUAUCCCCGAUCAAAGAACUCCUGUUGCUUCAACUCACAGCAUUAGCAGCGCAACCACACCUGAUCGUAUUCGUUUCCCCAGAGGAACUGCUAGUCGGAGCACUUUCCACGGACAGCUCAGGGAGCGACGCACUGCUACCUACAACGGGCCACCCGCCUCCCCCAGCCUGUCCCACGAAGCCACGCCACUGUCGCAGACUCGGACCAGGGGUUCCACUAAUCUAUUUAGUAAACUAACUUCAAAGCUAACAAGAAGAAACAUGUCAUUCAGGUUUAUCAAAAGGCUCCCGACUGAAUAUGAGAGGAACGGGAGAUAUGAGGGCUCAAGCCGCAAUGUAGCUGUGGAUCAGAAGGACGAAAACAAGGAAGCUAAGCCUCGUUCGCUGCGUUUUACCUGGAGCAUGAAAACCACCAGCUCCAUGGAUCCCAAUGACAUGAUGAGGGAAAUACGGAAGGUCCUGGAUGCCAAUAAUUGUGACUAUGAACAAAGAGAGCGCUUCUUGCUUUUCUGUGUCCAUGGAGAUGGGCAUGCGGAAAACCUUGUACAGUGGGAGAUGGAGGUGUGUAAACUGCCAAGACUGUCCCUGAACGGCGUUCGCUUUAAGCGGAUAUCGGGAACAUCCAUAGCUUUUAAAAACAUUGCUUCCAAAAUUGCCAAUGAGUUAAAGCUGUAACAAGAAAAAUAGUUAAGUUGUAAAUUAGUUAGCAAUUUCAAGUGUUUUUGAGAAUUCCAAUGGAAAUGUAUAGAAUAACAUUUAGGCAAUAACUUCUGCAUCCUUCUGAAUAGUGAUAUUAAAAAAAAAAAAAGCUGCUGAGCUGGGAGGGAGAGUUGGACUUUUUUAUAAGUGCACUACAGCAUUAAAGUUGCCUACUAUGUAAAAUAUUA